GGCUAUCUUCCCAUUUGGCCUUUCUUAUCUAUCCGUCGGCAACGGAGUGGAGUGCAGAGUCUCUUCCCCAUCCCAUUCCCAUCUCCUCCUCCUCCUAAACCCUCCUCCUCUCCGUCUCCUCCAAUGGCGGCGGCGGCUGCCACCUCCUUCGCCACCCUCGCCGUCGCGCGCUCGGCGGGGCAGCGGUCCCUCCUCGCCUCCAAGGCCGCCCCCUCGCCGCUCCUCUCCCUCCGCAGCGCCGGCCUCCCCUCGCAGGCCGUCUCCUUCUCCGGGGGCCUCGCGGCGUCGACCUCCCACAGCCGAGCGCGCUUCGCAACAUCCGCCAGCGCCGAGCCCAAGGAAGCAGACCUUCAGUCUAAAAUCACAAACAAGGUGUACUUUGACAUAAGCAUUGGGAACCCUGUGGGGAAGAAUGUUGGGAGGAUUGUCAUCGGCCUAUAUGGGGAUGAUGUUCCACAAACAGCGGAGAACUUCCGUGCUCUUUGCACUGGAGAGAAAGGGUUUGGAUACAAGGGAUCCAGUUUCCACCGUGUUAUCAGCGACUUCAUGAUUCAGGGCGGAGAUUUUGACAAGGGCAACGGUACCGGUGGGAAAAGCAUAUAUGGACGCACCUUCAAAGAUGAGAACUUCAAAUUGGUUCACACUGGACCUGGAGUGGUCAGCAUGGCUAAUGCUGGACCGAACACCAACGGCAGCCAGUUUUUCAUUUGCACUGUCAAGACACCUUGGUUGGACGGAAGGCAUGUUGUGUUUGGCCAGGUCCUGGAAGGGAUGGACAUCGUAAAGUUGAUCGAGUCACAGGAGACUGACAGAGGUGACCGCCCGAAGAAGAAAGUAGUCAUCAGCGAGUGUGGGGAGCUUCCAGUGGUUUAAGUGUUGCUCAUCUGUUGUCCGUCUUACCUCGGAUGGAUGGUGAUAUCUCCCCCUGAGUUUACUGGUUCUGAUGCUAUGACCUUGUCUUGCUAUCUCUAUGCUAGUUAUAGAGAUAUUCAAGUAAGAUCCCAAAUCUGAGGCAUACUGUUGCUGCUCGGCUGGAAUAAAUGUGCUACUUUCCCCUUGCCCAGUUUAGGGAAAGGGUUUUGUUCACGAAGUCACCCUGUAACCUUGUAUGUUUCAUACUCGGAAUGAAGGUUCAGGGAAAUCAUGAUACAAAAAUAUUCUGUUGCAUUGCAUGCAAGAGCUGUUGAUCGUCCAGAGCAAUGUAUAUGGCCUGUUUGGUU